GGGGAUCGAAGGGAAAGGAAGAGCUGUUCCGUGUUUUCUGCGGAGGACAGCGAGUCGUAAAAAUGCUUCAAAGAAACCCUUGAACUUAACACCUGGGAGAAGGGGACUACUGCACUCAGCUGAAACCGUUUUUAUGAAAAGCGUGAUGUCAAGAGGAAAGGAGGUUGAAAGUAUUUUGUGAAGCCAUGGAGAAUAUAGAACCCUUUACUGGCCGCAGUGCUUCCUGCAUCCAAUGUUCACAGUGUGUGCGAGAUUUUACCAUGGAAACCCAGAGCCAACGAUGGUGUCGGCCUCGGCGGAUUGGAGGCGGAGAAAGAGCCGACUAUGUAAACAACAAUUAAUUUUAAAAUAUUACAGUUUUUACCAAAAUCUCUAGUGCAUUGAAAGCCUUCGUGGACACUUGGCAUCUUCAGACCCCGAAGAAUGGGGGCGAAUAGAAUAGUGUAACAUCAUAGCUAAUUAUAGUUCUGCAAUAAUGGACAUUUCUAAGCGAUGACAAUGAAAAGUCCAGCUCAGAUUUGGGCGGUUUAUACCGUAUCUGUGGAUGAGGUACGGAUGUGUCUGAUUUAAAAAGCAUCACAGUGGACGUAGUAUUAUAAACGAGGCCCGGUUCCAACCUAUGCUCCAUCCAUUUGAUAGGCUAGAUUGUAUUUCCGUUGACCGGUGGCAUGAAGGAAAACGCAACGACAUCCGGAUGCAAAGCAAAUUCACGGUGCACUAACAGGUGUCGGUAAGAACGUUUAAUAAACAUGCUAUUAACAUGUAAUUGAAACCAGUUUCAACAUGCAAGGAUUGACAAUGAAGACGUCACCAGGAAACGAUACAACAGUGAGUUAAACAACUAGAACAGUCGUGCUGUAUGCUGAAUUCAAAUGAAAACCGGAUGGAUAUUUAGGGAUUUGCUGCUACGACCCAAGGAUUUCAUUACACCUGGAAACCUCCAUAAGAGAUUCGCACCUUAAAAAGGCCAAACAGAGAACGUGUUAGAAAUGCCGCGGAACCGGGCUUUUUCCGAGCCGGAGUGCUCGGCGGAGUAUUCGGCGGACUGCUCAGUGACUCUCCCCUCCGACCCGGGCCAGGCCGUGGGCCGCACGCAUGAGGUGACGGUGCGCAGCUCCGGGUGCUGCCUGUGCCUGCCGCGCUUCAUGCGGCUCACCUUCGCACCCGAGUCGCUGGAGAACCUGUACCAGACCUACUUCCGGCGGCAGCGGCACGAGACCCUGCUGGUGCUGGUGGUGUUCGCGGCCCUGUUUGACUGCUACGUCAUCAUCAUGUGCGCGGUGGUGUACACCGGCGACAAGCUGGCCACCAUGCUGGUGGCGGCGGUGGGGCUGCUCACCCACGUCCUCCUCUACCUGUUCUGCCGCCUGGGCCUGCUGCCGGACCGCGUCGCCCGCCGGGUGGUGCCCUACGCCCUCUGGGUGCUCAUCGCUGCGCAGAUCUUCUCCUACCUGGGCCUGAACUUCGCCCGCUUCCACCAGGCCAGCGACACGGUGGGCUGGCAGGCCUUCUUCGUCUUCUCGUCCUUCCUGACGCUGCCGCUCCGCCUCACGCCCAUCGUCCUCAUCACUGCCCUGUCCUGCGCCAUCCACACACUGGUGCUGGGGGUCACCAUCGCGCAGCAGCAGCAACAGGACCUGCAGGGGGCAGCACUGGGGAGACAGCUCCUGGCGAACAUCGUAAUUUACCUGUGUGCCAUCACAGUGGGCAUCAUGUCCUACUACAUGGCUGACCGCAAGCACCGCAAGGCCUUCCUGGAGGCACGGCAGUCCCUGGAGGUGAAGCUGAACCUGGAGGAGCAGAGCCAGCAGCAGGAGCGCCUCCUGCUGUCCAUCUUGCCAAAGCACAUUGCUGACGAGAUGCUGCAGGACAUGAAGAAGGAGCCCAGCCAGAAGGAGAUGCAGCAGUUUAACACCAUGUACAUGUACCGGCAUGAGAAUGUCAGUAUCCUCUUUGCCGACAUCGUUGGUUUCACACAGCUGUCUUCAGCUUGCAGUGCACAGGAGCUGGUCAAACUGCUCAAUGAGCUGUUUGCUCGUUUUGACAAGCUGGCUGCUAAAUACCAUCAGCUGAGGAUUAAGAUUCUGGGAGACUGUUACUACUGCAUCUGCGGGCUGCCAGACUACCGCGAAGACCACGCCGCCUGCUCCAUUAUGAUGGGCCUGGCCAUGGUGGAGGCCAUCUCGUACGUGCGGGAGAAGACGCAGACGGACGUGGACAUGCGAGUGGGGGUGCACUCGGGGACCGUCCUGGGGGGCGUGCUGGGACAGAAACGCUGGCAGUACGACGUCUGGUCCACCGACGUCACUGUAGCCAACAAGAUGGAGGCAGGGGGAAUCCCAGGGCGUGUCCACAUCUCUCAGAGCACCCUGGAGUGCCUGCAUGGGGAGUUUGAUGUAGAGCCCGGGCACGGAGGCGACCGCUGUGACUAUCUGAAGGAGAAGGGCAUCGAGACUUACCUGGUGGUGGUCCCCAAGAGCCCUGUGUGCAGGAACGGCAUAAACGGCGUGCUGUCUGUCACGUCGUCCAAUGGGAACUCUCCCCUGCUGAUCAACACCACCGAGUGCAACGGGAGCGUCCACACAGCCUGCACCACACCAGAGGAGCCGGAGGAGCUGGACACACGGGUGGUGAACCCCUCCUUCCCGAAUCCGAGGCGUCGGCUGAGGCUUCGCGACCUGGCGGAGAGGGUGAUUGACGCACAGGAGAACGAGCAGGAGCUGAACAAACUGCUGAACGAGGCACUGCUGGAGAGAGAGACCGUGCAGGCUCUGAAGGGCACGCACACGAACCGGCUGUCCUUGCGCUUCGUGGACCCGGAGCUGGAGACCCGCUUCUCAGUGGAGAAGGAGAAGCAGAGUGGCGCCGCGUUCAGCUGCUCCUGCGUGGUGCUGCUGUUCACCGCGGCCAUGGAGGCGCUCAUCGACCCGCUAUUGAUAGUGAACUACGUGACCCUGGUUAUCGGGGAGGUCUUGUUGCUUAUUCUCACUGUCUGCUCAUUGGCUGCCAUCUUCCCCAGGGUUUUCCCCAAGAGGCUAGUGUCCUUCUCCACAUGGAUUGACCACACGCGUUGGGCGCGUAACACCUGGGCCAUGGCGGCCAUCUUCAUCCUGACCAUGGCUGACAUGGUGGACAUGCUGAGCUGCCUGCAGUCCCCUGCCCUGACGCGGAACAGCAGUGCAGCAGCUGCACAGGGCCUGAGCGGGGAGGGGGGCUGUGUGGAAAACCCUAAAUACUACAGUUACAUCGCUGUGCUGGCACUCCUUGCCACCACCAUGCUGGUGCAGGUCAGUCACAUGGUCAAACUCACUCUCAUGCUCCUCAUCACCGCGGCAACCGGAGUGGUCAACAUCUACAGCUGGAGGGACAUUUUUGACCAGUACGACCAGGUCCGCUUCAAGGAGUAUAGGGACUCUCUGGUUCCCUCCAAAUACGCCAUGACAGUGAUGGUCUUCAUCAUGAUGAUCAGCUUUUAUUACUUCUCCCGCCAUGUGGAGAAGCUGGCACGUACACUGUUCCUGUGGAAGAUGGAGGUCCAUGACCAGAAGGAGAGGGUGUACGAAAUGAGGCGCUGGAACGAGGCGCUGGUCACCAACAUGCUGCCCGAGCACGUGGCCAGGCACUUCCUGGGCUCCAAGAAAAGGGACGAAGAGCUGUACAGCCAGUCCUAUGAUGAGAUCGGAGUGAUGUUCGCCUCCAUCCCCAACUUCUCGGAUUUCUACACAGAGGAGAGCAUCAACAAUGGGGGCAUCGAGUGCCUGAGGUUCCUCAAUGAGAUCAUCUCGGACUUUGACAGUCUUCUGGAUGAACCCCAGUUUCGCUGCAUCACCAAGAUCAAGACCAUUGGGAGCACCUACAUGGCAGCAUCGGGUGUCACACCAGAUGCAAACACCAAUGGCUACACUUGCCUGAAGAAGGAGGAGCUUUCAGAAAAAGAGCGUUGGCAGCACCUGGCAGACUUGGCUGACUUCGCCCUGGCCAUGAAGGUCACCCUCAUGAACAUCAACUACCAGUCCUUCAACAACUUCAUGCUCCGCAUUGGGCUGAACAAGGGGGCAGUGCUGGCGGGAGUAAUCGGUGCUCGGAAGCCUCACUACGACAUCUGGGGGAACACUGUCAAUGUGGCCAGCCGCAUGGAGUCCACUGGAGUCAUGGGCAACAUUCAGGUGGUGGAGGACUGCUAUGUCAUCCUGAAGGAGUAUGGAUUCCGCUUUGUUCGACGAGGGCCCAUCUUUGUGAAGGGGAAGGGGGAGCUACUGACAUAUUUCCUGAAGGGGCGGGACAAGCAAGGAUCCUUCAUUAACGGCUCCUCUGUCACUCUGCCCCACCAGGUGGAGGACAGCUCCUGACCCACAUACACUGUCAGACACACAUGCUGACACACAAACACACACGCACACACUCUCUCACACAGC